AUGGCUGUGGCGCCCCGGGCCCUGGCGCUGGUGCUCGCCCUGCUCAGCCUAGCACCAGCGCCCAUCUUGGGAGGCUGCCCGUCGGCGUGCAGGUGCUCUUUCGCCAUGCUGCAGUGCCUGGAGCCCGACGGUAUCUCCAGCAUCCCGGUGCUGGCACCGCAAGAGAGCGAGAACAUGACAGAGAUUUACAUAGAAAACCAAACAGGCCUGGAGAAUAUAACAGAAGUUGAUCUCGUGAACUACAGAGAGCUGAGGAACCUCACGGUCACAUCAUGUAAGCUGAGGCUCAUCUCUGCCAAUGCCUUCCAACACAACCUCAAGCUGCAGUAUGUGAACCUGGCAUCAAACUCUCUGGAACACAUCUCCUGGAGGGUGUUUCAUUUUCUACCACUGCUCAAUCUGGUUUUGAGGUACAACCCUCUUGUUUGCUCUUGUGACCUCCACUGGCUGCAGCAGUGGCAGCAGAAUGAACGUGGUGACCUGGACAACCAAAUGUUGUCUUGUUUCUCCAAUGACCAGGAAGUGCCCCUCAACUCUUUGGUGAUAGAUAACUGCAGUCUGCCUGAGGUGACUAUUGCCCCCUCCAAAUACAAGAUUCAAGAAGGAGGCAACCUGACAUUUCAGUGUCAUGUGACAGGAAGUCCCACUCCCAGUGUGAGAUGGCGAACCGAGAAGCUCCACUCUCACUUCUUUACUCAGGAGAUAAUCUGGGGCUCCACAUUAGAGCUCGUCCUUUACCUCACCAACGUUUCCUCCAGUGACAACCUGCACAACCUAACUUGUGAGGCGGAGAACCAAGCUGGGCCCGGGGAGGAGAUGGUGCAAUUGGACAUUGAGUUUCCAGUCAAAAUCCUCUUCCUGAGGGACGCUGUGCAGCAGCACCACUGGUGUUUCCCCUUUGCUGUAGAUGGCAAUCCUGAACCAUCCAUCACCUGGCUGUACAACGGCAACGAGCUCAAAAAGUCCACCUACACGUACACCCAGCUCAUCCCUGACUCAGGCGACGGAUCGGUGAAACACGGCUGUCUCUUCCUCAACAAGCCCACACACAUCAACAAUGGCUACUACACUCUGAUUGUGGAGAACAAACUGGGAAGGGACGAGGCCACAGCCAUUGGGAUGUUUAUGGAGAACCCCUUCGACCCGCUCGAUCCUGAGGGGAUAAUUCCAGUUCCCACAAACAAAUCAGACAUGGACGUGACCGAGAACCCGGAGAGUCGGGUGUUUGUGGUGUCUGUGGCUGUGGGUCUUGCUGUGUUUGCCUGCACUUUCCUCCUCGUCAUGGUUUUGGUUAUCAACAAAUGUGGCCAGCAUUCAAAGUUUGGUAUUCACCGCUCAUCAGUUUUGGGCACUGAGGAUGACCUCGCCGUGUCGCUUCGUUUCAUGAACUUUGGAACCAGCCCGCCUUCCUCAGAUGAGGACUCUGGUUUAUCCAGCUUCGUAGAGAAUCCACAGUACUUCUGUGGCAUCAUCAAGGAGAAAGACAUGUGUGUGCAGCACAUUAAACGGCAGGACAUUGUGUUGAAGUGGGAGCUGGGCGAAGGAGCGUUUGGCAAAGUCUACCUGGCGGAAUGUGCCAACCUCAGCCCCGACAGCGACAAGAUGCUGGUCGCCAUCAAGACUCUAAAGGACGCCAACGAGUCGACCAGGCAGGACUUCCAGCGGGAGGCGGAGCUGCUGACCGUGCUCCAGCACCAGCACAUUGUGCGAUUCUACGGAGUCUGCACAGACGGAGAGCCGCUGGCCAUGGUGUUCGAGUACAUGAGGCACGGAGACCUCAACCGAUUUCUGCGCGCUCACGGCCCUGACGCUCGUAUCCUGGAGGAGUCCAAGAUGCCCCCGCUGGGUCAGCUCACGCUGCCUCAGAUGCUGCACAUCGCCGCCCAGAUCGCCUCGGGCAUGGUCUACCUGGCGUCGCUGCACUUCGUCCACCGCGACCUGGCAACCCGCAACUGUCUGGUGGGGGAGGGCCUGGUGGUCAAAAUCGGAGACUUUGGCAUGUCCCGAGACAUCUACAGCACAGAUUACUAUCGGGUGGGUGGACGUACAAUGCUGCCAAUCCGCUGGAUGCCUCCGGAGAGCAUCAUGUACAGGAAGUUCACCACGGAGAGCGACAUCUGGAGCUUCGGCGUGGUGCUCUGGGAGAUCUUCACCUACGGCAAACAGCCCUGGUACCAGCUUUCCAACAGUGAGGCCAUUGAAUGCAUCACGCAGGGACGGGAACUGGAAAGGCCACGCACCUGCCCCAAGGAGGUGUACCUGCUGAUGCAGGGCUGCUGGCAGCGGGAGCCCCAGCAGAGGAUGGUCAUCAAGGACAUCCACAGCCGCCUGCUGGCCCUGGUCAAGAACCCGCCGGUUUACCUGGAUAUCCUGGGCUAA